AUGUCCAACGGCGGUGACUACAAUCCCCCACAAAAUACACAGGUGUCGCCACAAGCUCAGCAAUGGUUUGCGAUGGUAGACAGAGAUCGAUCGGGCAAGAUCAAUUCCGAAGAGCUCCAGUCAGCCCUGAUUAAUGGGCGUGGACAGAAGUUUUCGGACAACGCAUGCAAAUGCAUGAUAAACAUGUUCGACGACCACGCCAGCGGCACCAUCGAUAUCUAUGAGUUUGAGAAGAUCUACAACUAUAUCAAUCAAUGGCUGCAGGUCUUUAAGACCUACGAUCAAGAUGGAUCCGGUCAUAUCAAGGAGGGCGAACUGACGCAAGCCUUCACUCAAAUGGGUUUUGCGCUUAGCCCGGAAUUUAUCAAUUCCCUGGUGAAAAAGAUUGAUCCUAAUAACAAAGAGGUCUCGGUGGAUCAGUUCAUUGUGCUGUGCGUGCAGCUUCAGUGCUUAACGGAGGAAUUUAGACAACGGGACACACAACAGAAUGGCACCAUUACCAUUAGCUACGAGGACUGGUUGGAAAUUGCCAUCCGCAACCAUAUCAUUUAA